AUGGCUUCCGGUCCCUUGAAGGCGGCUCUUCUUAUCGUCUCAACGACAGCAGCCAAAGACGCUUCUGCUGAUGCUUCAGGACCUAUCCUUGCCCAAGUACUGAAAGAUGAAGGUGAUGAAAAGUGGGAGGUUCAAGAUACGAAGAUUGUCUCAGACGAUGUACUCGCUAUCCAACGACAGAUAACUGCCUGGACCGACGGUCCUGAUAGUGUCAACCUCGUUGUGACUACUGGCGGAACUGGUUUUGCUACUGGAGACUCUACCCCAGAAGCAGUCACUCCCUUACUGCAUAAGCAAGCCCCAGGCCUCGUUCAUGGCAUGUUAGCAGCCUCUCUCACAGUAACACCCUUUGCAAUGAUGUCACGUCCAGCAGCAGGGGUCCGCAACUCGUCCAUCAUUGUGACCUUACCUGGCUCGCCUAAAGGCGCAAAGGAGAACCUCCAAGCCAUCGUUAAGACACUACCCCAUGCCUGUAUCCAGGCUAAAGGUGGCAACUCCAGAGCUAUUCACUCUGGUGGAAUCAAGAAACUGGAAGCUGAAGCAGGCCUUACAGGUGGAGAUGCUCAGCCUGCACCUGCUGGUGGAUGUGGUCAUCAUCACCACGGCCAUGGAAAUCUCGUGAGACACACAAAGUCCGGUACUACUCUCUCUAAUGAUCCUGCACUUGGGCCUUCUCGUAGAUAUCGAGAAUCACCCUACCCCAUGCUACCAGUCGAAGAAGCCCUGUCGUUGAUCGAAGAGCAUACCCCCGAACCCGAGGCUAUCACAGCACCAGUUAAUCAGUCCAUCAUCAACUCAGUUCUAGCUGAGGACGUCAAGGCCAGAGAGAAUGUUCCGGCCUUCCGCGCCAGUAUCGUGGAUGGCUACGCUGUUGUGGCCCCUAAAGACGGCCAGCUGAACGGCGUCUUCCCUGUAACAGCCAUAUCUCAUGCUUCACCUGGCGAGAUCGGGGCUCUGAAUGAGGGAGAGUUGGCUAGAAUCACCACCGGAGCCCCUCUGCCUCCUGGUGCCACGACUGUUGUUAUGGUCGAGGAUACUAUCCUCAAAACAAUGUCAGAGGACGGUAAAGAGGAGAAGGAAGUUGAAAUUCAAGUCGAUGGGGUAAAGGAGGGUGAAAACAUCCGCGAAGUUGGUAGUGAUGUCAAAGAAGGAACUGUCAUUCUCAACAAGGGAGAGACUAUCAGCGGCGUUGGCGGUGAGAUCGGUCUUCUCGCUUCUGUGGGAGUCUCAGAGGCAAAGGUCUACCGUCGUCCUGUGAUAGCCGUAUUAUCCACUGGUGAUGAGAUCGUCGAGUACAACCGCCCAGGUGAUCUGAAACUUGGCGAAGUCCGCGACACCAAUCGAAUUACUCUCAUGUCCGCAGCGAAAGAAUGGGGCUAUGAAGUUAUCGAUCUCGGUAUUGCUAGUGACAAGCCCGGUACUUUGGAGGAGACGCUCCGUGAUGGACUCAGACGUGCAGAUUUGCUCAUCACCACUGGUGGUGUCUCUAUGGGCGAGCUCGAUCUCCUCAAACCAACGAUUGAGCGUUCUCUUGGCGGCACUAUUCACUUCGGGCGUGUUGCUAUGAAGCCUGGAAAACCAACCACCUUUGCCACAGUUCCUGUCAAGGACAAUUCGGGCCAGCGUGUUACCAAGACCAUCUUCUCACUUCCUGGCAACCCAGCGUCGGCUCUGGUUACUUUCCAUUUGUUUGUGCUUCCUUCGCUGCACAAAUUGUCUGGCGCCUCAACUAAGGGCCUCCCAAGGGUACCUGCUGUCAUCUCGCACGACUUCCCCUUAGACCCUAGACCCGAGUAUCACCGCGCCGCGGUUACCGUUGGAAAGGAUGGGCUCCUCUCAGCUACAAGUACCGGAGGGCAACGCAGCUCCAAGGUUGGAAGCUUGAGGUCAGCUAACGCCUUGGUCAUUUUGCCAAGUGGAAAGGGGAAACUGGAGAAGGGGUCAAAGGUUGAGGUUUUGCUAUUGAGCGCUGUGCAGGCUGCUUAG